AUGGAUUCAGAAGAAAAACAACUUCAUGUGAUGUUCCUUCCCUACAUGGCACCAGGCCACAUGAUGCCAAUGCUAGACAUGGCCAGGCUAUUUACUGCAAACGGUUUAAGGGUCACCGUAAUCAUCACCACCAUGAAUGCCGCUCAGUUCAAGAAUGCCAUUGAUUGGGAUAUCAAAUCUGGUCGACAGAUUUCGUUGGCAACUCUCCGUUUCCCUAGCAAAGAAGCUGGUUUACCUGAAGGCUGCGAAAAUUUAUCCUCCACAGCGACCCCGGAAAUGGCUUUAAAACUAUUUCACGGAAUAGAAUUGCUGCAACCACAGAUUAAAAUGAUCUUGCAAAAGCACCGCCCUGACUGCAUUGCCUCUGAUUAUCUCUUCCCAUGGACCACUGAUGUUGCCAUUGAACUUGGCAUACCAAGGCUUGCAUUUAGUGGCAGCGGAUUCUUCAAUCUUUGUGUUUCAAAUAGCAUUGAUUGUUAUCAACCUCACAAUAAUGUUACGUCUGACACAGAACCAUUUGUCAUCCCUGGUUUGCCAGACAAAGUAACCAUUACAAGAUCACAACUACCAGAUAUUGUCAAAGGCAGAAACGAAGUUUUCUCCGCUUUAUUUGAUAAGCUGAAGGAGGCUGAGAGGAAGAGCUUUGGAGUGUUGAUGAAUAGCUAUUAUGAGUUGGAGCCAGCCUAUGCUGAUCAUUUCAGAAAAGUCACUGGAAUAAAGGCGUGGCACUUGGGUCCUGUAUCUCAGUUCAUUAGAAAUGCUGAUGAUAGACUAGAAAGAGGUGACAGGGCUUCACUAUGUAAACAUAGCUGCCUGCAUUGGCUAGAUUCCAAGAAACCAAAGUCCGUUCUCUACAUCUGUUUCGGAAGCCUGGCCAGAUUCAGCAAGACUCAAAUAUCAGAAAUUGCUACUGCACUUGAAGAUUCAAGGCACUCUUUCAUUUGGACUGUAGGAAAACUUCUGAAAUCUGACAAUGAAGAUAACAACAACCUGGAUCAGCAGCAAGACUGGUGGCUGCCAGAAGAAUACGAGGAUAAAUUGACGAAAAGUGGCAAAGGAUUGAUUAUCAAGGGAUGGGCCCCGCAGGUGCUCAUACUGGAGCACCCAGCAAUUGGAGGGUUUUUAACUCACUGUGGCUGGAACUCUAUCCUUGAAGGCAUUUGUGCCGGUGUACCCAUGGUCACAUGGCCAAUUUUUGCAGAGCAAUUUUACAAUGAGAAGCUGAUAACUCAGGUGCUUAAAUUUGGAAUGCCAGUCGGUAAUGAGACUUGGAAAGUGUGGGCAACUGAGGAAUCACCAUUGGUAAGUAGAAUCAAAAUAGAGAAGGCGGUGAGGAUUGUGAUGGGUGACACAGAUGAAGCAAUGGAUAUGAGGAAACAAGCAAGUAGACUAGCAGCGUUUGCUAAGAUGGCAGUUGAAGAAGGUGGAUCGUCUUAUAAUGACAUGAAGGUCCUAAUUGAGGACAUUAGAACGUACAAAUAUGCAACAGAACGAGGAGAAUCAAGGUGA